CCACCACAGAGAGAACCAGCUGGCCGAGAAUGAGAGCGGUGCUCAUCCACAGCUCCUCCUCUUCCUCCUCGUCCUCCGCCAUCUCCCCCCAAACUCCGGCCCCCCAUCACCACCUCCACCGUCAAUCCCGGCCCUCCAAGACCUCUCUGCCGAGGCAACUGCCGGUCCCGCCUCCUCACCCGGUCUCCGCUGCCCACCCCCAUCCUCACUCCACCUUUCGAUGGGACAACCUCUCCCCUCCUCCCCUCGCUCCCGACCUCCGCUCCUCCGCAGACGUCGCCUCCAGGAUCGCUGGAGACGGCCGGCUCGAGGAACUUCCUGCGAUAAUGGACGGCGUGAUUGAGUCAGGACCGGAGGCUUCGCGUUUCCUUACGGCAUUGAAUAUGGACAUGGUGGAGAUGGGAUUGUGCCGGGGGCUGAGGGAGGGGAAAUUGUGGAGCUUCAUCGAAGUGUUGAGGAGAUUCGAGAAGCUCGGUGUGGAGCCGAUGAAGCUUGUUGGUAAGAAUGUUGUGAGUUUGGUAGGAAGAGAGUGUCGCCGAUUGCUGGAAUGUGGUGACAUCAGGGGGCUUGUUCAGGUGAUGGAGACUCUCUCUGGCUUUCAGUUUCCAAUUAGGGAGCUAGUCAAGCCAUUUGAAGUAAUCAGAGUCUGCAUUGAUCAGAGGAGUCCAGUUCUGGCUGUAAGGUAUGCAUGCACUCUUCCACAUGCACAGAUAUUGUUCUGCUCUAUUAUGAAUGAUUUUGGAAAGAAAGGGGAUCUGGUUUCUGCUCUAAAAGCAUACGAAGCACUGAAGCAAACAACCAUAGGCCCUAAUAUGUUUGUCUACCGUACAAUAAUUGAUGUUUGUGGUUUCUGUGAAGACUCUGUGAAGUCUAGGUACAUUUACGAGGACUUGCUUAAUCAGAAGGUCACUCCAAAUAUUUAUGUUUUCAACAGCCUCAUGAAUGUCAAUGCCCAUGACUUGACCUAUACUUUGCACAUAUACAAUGAUAUGCGGAAUCUAAAUGUCAAGGCGGACAUGGCAUCCUAUAAUAUUCUGUUGAAGGCAUGCUGUCUAGCUGGAAGAGUUGAUUUGGCCCGAGACAUAUACCGGGAAGUGCAGGAUUUGGAGUCAGCAGGAGCAUUAAAGUUGGAUGUCUUCACUUACAGCACAAUUAUCAAGGUCUUUGCAGAUGCAAAGAUGUGGCAAAUGGCACUAAAGACUAAGGAUGACAUGCUAUCUGCUGGUGUUACUCCUAAUACAGUUACAUGGUCAUCAUUGAUCAGUGCCUGUGCAAAUGCAGGUCUCGUAGAGCAGUCAAUUCAAUUAUAUGAAGAGAUGCUGCAAGCUGGUUGUGAACCAAAUUCACAGUGCUGCAACACACUUUUACAUGCUUGUGUUGAGGCUUGUCAGUAUGAUAGGGCUUUCCGACUAGUCCAAGCCUGGAAGGAUAGUAACACCAGCAAGACUUUGAGUGGAGAUAGAGAGAGCAUUACAGAGGAAGUGUUGGAAACUGAAGAAACUAGUGAAUCUUCCUUAAGUUCUCCACAGCAUAUUUCUCCUUUGCAUCAUGCGAGCUUUCUUAAAACUUUUCGAUUUGCCCCCACAAUUACAACCUACAAUAUCCUGAUGAAGGCCUGUGGAACUGACUUUUUCCGAGCAAAGGCUUUGAUGGAGGAAAUGAGGUCUGUUGGUCUCACCCCUAAUCAAAUAAGCUGGUCCAUUUUAAUCGAUGUUUGUGGAGGCUCGGGGAAUGUGGAGGGAGCAGUACAGAUCUUGAAAUCAAUGCGUGUUGCCAAAGUUAAACCUGAUGUAAUUGCAUACACAACAGCCAUCAAGGUCUGUGUGGAAAGCAAACGUCUGAAGUUAGCUUUCUCAUUAUUUGAUGAGAUGAAGAGGUGCCAAGUGCAGCCAAAUUUGGUGACAUAUAAUACACUGCUAAGGGCCCAUAGCAGAUACGGUUCAUUAGACGAAGUGCAGCAGUGCCUAGCCAUAUAUCAGGACAUGCGGAAAGCAGGGUACAAAUCCAACGAUUAUUAUCUCAAGCAAUUGAUUGAGGAAUGGUGUGAAGGAGUGAUACAAGGUAAUAAUCGAAAAAUGCAAGAGUACACUUUGUCUGAAGAAACUGAACUGAGCGGGUCUCAGAGUCUUCUCCUUGAAAAGGUUGCGGUGAACUUGCAGAAGAGUGUAGCCGAAAGCCUCGCAGUUGAUCUGCAGGGACUGACAAAGGUUGAAGCUCGGAUUGUUGUUUUAGCAGUGUUACGGAUGAUCAAGGAAAACUACAUUUUUGGUAAUUCAGUUCAAGAUGACAUCUCGAUCAUACUAGGAGUCAGCAAACCAAAUGCAAAUAGAAAUCCUGAGGUCAAAGAUGCUGUAAUUAGACUACUGCAAGACGAACUGGGGCUCGAGGUUCUCGUUGUAGGACCCAAACUGGAAAGGACUCCGGCCAGUUCACCUAUCGAGAUGGAGAGCUCAACCAGGAGACCAGCUAUUCUCCAGAGGCUGAAGGUUAGGAAGAAAUCAUUGCAUCAGUGGUUGCAGAGAAGAGCUUUUGCACCUAGGAAAUAAAUCUGUAUAUCAUUCUCCAUUCAUUCAAUACAGAAUAAGUCUUGUUCUUCCUCUGAUAUGAGCUGUAUUAUAUAUGUAAUAUAUACCAUCUAAAGCAUAUCUAAUAAAUCGAUCAUUGCUUAA